AUGUCGGCAGGUGAUAUUCAGCCAAAGAGUGAGUUGCAACAUGGCGACGAGAUCGCCGUCCAUCAAUCUGAGAAGCCUGAGGCCGUCUUGGCCAACAAGGACCUCAUGAACGAUGCCUUCGAUGGAGAAAACCACGAGCACCAAGAGGGCGUGUGGGAGUCGGCCAAGAGCCAUCCUUGGGCUUGUUUUUGGGCGUUUAUUAUGUGCUUCACCAUUGUCAUGGAAUCGUUCGACAUGUUCCUGAGCGGUAACUUCGUCGCACUCGAGGCUUUCCAAAAUCGCUACGGCGUCCCCGUAGAGGGUGAGGGUAUGGUCAUCGAGACCAAAUGGCAAAGCUCGCUCUUCCAAGCCGGUCAAUGUGGUGCUUUCAUUGGUGUUUUCCUGGCUGGACCCAUUACCAACCGUUUCGGCUACCGCUGGACAACCAUCUUGGCCCUUAUUCUUAUGAACGCUACAAUCUUUGUUUCUUUCUUCGCCGACUCACUCGCUGUCCUUGUAGUAGGACAGCUUCUGGAAGGUGUCCCCUGGGGGAUCUUCAUUGCAAACUCCCCCGCCUAUGCCAGCGAGAUCGUCCCCCUCGCCCUCAGAGGUGCAUGCACAGCUACUUUGCAGAUGAGCUGGUCCAUUGGUGGAAUCAUUGUUGCAGCCGCCACCUACGGCUACAAUUCAAGAAACGACGAGUGGUCUUGGCGCGUGCCUCUUGCUUUACAGUGGAUCUUUCCCACCCCUCUCUUAAUUCUCAUCUUCUUCGCCCCAGAGUCUCCAUGGUGGCUUGUUCGUCAUGGGCGCAAGGAUGAAGCCCUUCGAUCUAUCGAGCGCGUCGGCAACAAAAGAGCAGGAAGCGCUCAGCAGACACUUGCCAUGAUAGAGCGAACGGUUAAGAUUGAGGAGCAGCUGGGCGGUCAACCAACCCUCAUGGACCUUUGGAAAGGCACCGACUUGAGGCGAACGACUAUCACUUGCUUGAUGUACGCGUCACAGAAUUUUGCUGGUAACUUGAUUGCAAACCAGGCAACUUUCUUUUUCGAGCAAGCCGGUAUUCCGCACGAACGUGCCUUCCAGCUCAAUCUUAUUAACUCGUGUCUUGGUUUCAUUGCCAACGCUCUAUCCUGGCCUCUGACUGCCUGGUUCGGUCGCCGAACUAUCUAUCUCUGGGGCACAGUCACCAAUAUCACUUUCCUCAUUCUUCUGGGCAUCUGCGCCUCUAUUGCACAGAACACGUCGACGAACUACGCCCAGGCUAUUCUAGGGAUUAUCAUCUCCUUCGUCUAUGCUGGCGCUCUCGGGCCCAUCACAUAUACCGCCAUUGCCGAGACAUCAUCGGUCCGUCUUCGUGCCUUGAGCACUGGUGUCGGCCGUGGCGCCUACUACGUUGCAGAAAUCCCCAUGAUAUUCUUAGCCUCGCAGAUGCUUAACCCGACAGGGUGGAACCUCGCUGGAAAGUGUGGCUACGUCUGGGCAGGUACUGCUUUCGUUUGCUGGCUCAUGGCCUACUUCUUCCUUCCCGAACUCAAGCAUCGCUCUUACCGUGAGAUCGACAUCUUGUUCAACCGCAAGGUUCCGGCCAGGAAGUUCAAGACCACGAUCAUCGACGUUAAGGAAAACGAGUGA